CACCUCCUGUCCACGUACAGGUGUAUAUAAGUUUCUGCAGGUGAAGCUUUGCCAGCUACGUACGUUGCUGAAUCCGUCACUAUGCUGUCUUACUGGAUCUUGUUCUCUUUGACUACCUUGUGCUUCAGUUCCCAUGUACCUGGAGGACCUCACGCUCAUAUCUUUAACAAAGUCUUCAGUUUUUUCGACCAAGAUGGUGACAACAAAGUGACUGUGACAGAGUUCUGGACCAAGCUUCCCAAUGACCCGAAUGAUGAUGGUAUCGUCACGAAAGAAGAGUUCAUUAAGUGCUGGGAGUCGAUCACCGAAUACACUUCUGAAGAAAAGGAGGAGAACCGACACUCGGCCGAGCUGUUGUUCAAGCGAGUCACCAACACCACACUCAGCUACGACGAUACAUUUCUGUUGUUUAAGGUCUUCGAUACAAACAAUGAUGGGGUCAUUAGCAGAAUAGAAUUUCUGACCGAAUGGGAAAGAAUCCACCCUGAACAUGACAAUUAUACAUCAAAACCACAUUCUGUGACGCCAGCCCCAGGUAGAAGGUAAAGUUUUUACCACCUCAUCUACUUCUACAUUCUCCGGAGAUGAUGAACAAGAACAUCUUGCGGGCCUGAAUAUGACAGGCUGGAGUUAACACUCAGGAUGAACCCUGAAGGACAGAAACAUCUGGAAUAACAAAACUGAAAUAAAAUUUGGCAUCAAGCAU